AUGCCAUCCUCUGAUCCUCCUGGAGAACAAGUGGAACCUAACCCACACCCCACUCUCUUGCGUUGGCAUUCAUCACAAAUUGGCUUGAUCCAAGCCUCAACACUUGAUCCACCUGAAGGCACACCAAAUACUUUACCAAACUCACAGCCUACAAGGAUUGAAUUGAGGAGAAGAUCAGCUUCUGUAUUGAGCAAUGAUAAGGCAAGGCCAAUUCAUGAAUCAAUUCUCCGGCCUAAUGAUAUCGAUCUUUGUCAAGAUUCUGACAAAGAAAACUCAAAAGUUCAACCCAAUUCCAGCACUUCACAACCCACCUUUGAUGACAUCUAUCUUUACUUUGGACCCCUCUCCAUGGUGAUGAGGAUGUGA